ACUAUAAAAUCGAUCGCUCAACCGGCCAGCAGCAAUCAUCGACGUAGCUCGAUUGAUGAUCGAUUUUUCUCCAAGGAUCCGAAUAGAAGGUUACAAAAAAAAUGAAGCUCCUAACAGUUUUGUUACUGUUAUUCUUCUUGAAAGUGCAGUACGGAUCCUUCGCUAAGUUAGGAUCGACAGAAAAUCAAACGCAAGAAGGUCAACAGCGAAGCGUCCGAGUUCAGCGGAUCUCUGACCGCGAGUUCCCCGGAAAUGACUUCCCUCGGACAGAAAGCUCCAUAGAAGAAAUCAUGAAUCUACGUACGGCUCUAUUCGGAAGUGGCGAUUAUUUCGAGAAACUUCGCACAGACUUUCCUAAUUUAGACAAUCUAAUACAACAGGAAGCUCGAUUAAUGGAGGAAUUCAUAGUGGUCGUGAGAGACCUGGUCGAGGAGGGCAUCGUCACACUGAAAAAUCUUGACCUCGCGAUCAGCGAAAUGAUGGAUACCAACGCGAUACCAACGUCCAUAAAACGGAUGUCGAAGACCGAUAAUGGUUUGGCGAAUAUUCUAAAUUCGCUGGAACAGCUGGACUUUUACCAGCGUGACGGUCAGGGAAACGAGAAUCGAGAGAACUCGAGAAUUGCAAAUCGCAUCGAAUCGAUGAACAAGUUGGAAUUAAAAAAGGCGAAGACCGUCGGACAAUUGGAAAACGUAAUGGUGAAAUUACAUAAACACUUGACUUUUGUUCAAAGUGUGUUUGACAGAAUUUGCAGGAAACAUCACUCUACGCUGUUGACUCAGUCGAGCUCAAGCGAUCCUGGAAAGUUCGCGUCGAUGAAUCAGCCCAAGAAAGUGUCGAUACUUUAGAGUUUAGACGAUUACAAAGCAAAGUUUAUGAAACAAAUACGAGUGGCGAAUUAAUAUCUUCUUCUGUACAAUUUUUCCUCAAUAAAUGAUUGUACGCUUUCUGAAUAAAAAUUUUUCUCAUAAAAA